GGGGGAGCUAGGUCAUGCAGGCAGGCAGGCUGCUCACAUACAUACAUACAUACAUACAUACAUACGUACAGACAGACACACGAACAGCCACACUCACGGACAGACACACCCGGACAGACAGACGUUUCUACUCGUCCGUGAGAGACAGGAAGGGAUACGUUAAAUGAAGGGUGUGUCUCGCUUUUUCCCUGUGCCAUUCAUCUGUUUCUGACUGACUCUGUCUCUGUCGGUCGGUCAAUCUAUCGGCAACAUGUAUGCAUGCCACACCGACAACGCCCCCUCCCUCUGUCUACUCUGCCGGCGAUGUGCGAUCGUUCUCACCCAGCGCAUCGUCAUCGUCAUCAUCCUCACUAUGGCCAGCCUCGUCCCGUACCCACAGCGUGCACUCACUCAUCAAGAUCGUCACCAUGGCCAGCCUAGCACUCAUCAAGAGAGGGAGAGAGGAGAGAGAUACGGAAAAACUGUGUGCGUGUAUGUACAGACGACAGACGGACAGACAGACAGACAGACCGAACCUUUCGCAUCAAUGCAGCGAGGCAAAAGCAAGCACUGAAGUGUAGACGGUGAUGUGUCGCGCGGGGCAGCACACAGGCCAGUGGGCUACUGAUUCGCCGCUCCCGCGCUCUGUCUGCCGCUCAUGUGGCCACCUCUGCCGGGUCGAGAACUCGGAUCUUCAAGCCCCAGUGGUCGGCAAACUCUUUGAUGACACAGCGGUACUCUUCGGGCAGGCUGGGGUGGACGGCCACCUCAAGGCCGAAAACCGGGUAGCCAUGUAUGGCUGUGCACACACAUCGCACACAAACAGCCAAGUGGCACUCGUCAAUUCGCUCCAACUAACUGCUUUUUCUCAUACGUACGUUCCUUGAGGACGGUGUACAUGUUGGUGUAGAAGGUGUGGAUGUCCGUCCCGGGCGUGGUGCUGCACUUGCUGAAUGCGUUCCAGAAGCGCUGCACAGUGUCCCGGUCGUCCUGCCGAGGGCCACCGUUGAGCUGGAGCUCCUUGCAGACGUAUGCCAGCUUACCCGCGACGGUCUCCGGCGCCAACAUAGUGGGCUGGCGAAUGAGUCUGGCGUCGUGUAACGCCUUGAUGAGGAGCUUCUCGAAGACUGUGCGGGGGUUGAGAAGCCCUUCCGCCAUCAUCAGGCGCUUCUCGUAGUCGAGCAACAGCUUGUCCUUGUCUGCAAUCCGCUUGUCCUUCUCCUGAAUGAGCAUGUCCUUGCCCGCAAGCAGCUUUUCCAGCAUGUCCUCCUUCGCGGCAAGCCGCCUAUCCUUCUCCGCCAGCAGCUCCUUAAGCAGCUGAUCCUUGGGCGGCAUGCCCGUCGUCUUGGCCGCGUGGAGGCGUGUGCUGGGGUUGGGAGGGGUGCGUAGGGGGACGAUGAAGGCGGCGGAGAGGGUGAGGGACAAGAGCGCGACUGUCACGCAGAGCCACAUCGCGG